AUGAGAACCCGCUCUGCGGAGGCGGGAAGGCGUUCCAACGGCCGGCAAACCACAUCCGCGAAAGUGUCGCCAAGAACUGAGACUACCAUCCCUCCAGCGGCCCUCCCUCGAGCGAGCGUCGACAGGGCGCCCCGCAUCGCUCCAAGAGGAAUCAUGAGGGUCGCCUAUCGACGGCGCCAUGCCGGUCCAGACGGCCAAAUCCCCGACUUCCUGCGGAGCGAGUUCAAGUCCGGCUCAUGGGAACGAACAGGUUUUGACAUCGACUUCCCCGCGAUCGCGAAGGAACCCGCAGUAGCCGCGGCGAUCGGCUACACGGGCCGCAACUUCAUCGGGGACGCCAUGGACAUCAGGCGGUGGUACAACAGAGACGCCAACGUCAUGGCCGGCAGCGUCGUUUUCUCGUUGGGCUGCGAGGGGCCGCCGGACCACGUCCACGGAGGCGCGGUGUCUACCGCGCUAGACGACGUCCUUGGCACCAUGGCGUGGCGAGAGGUGGGCUUCCCGAGAUGGGGGCUCCCAACGAUGCGGCUCACGGUCCGAUUUCUGGCGGGCGCUCCCAUGGAACGCCAGCUGCGCUUCGACACACGUGUCGUCAAGCGGGAAGGCCGUAAGGUUUUUGUGGAGGCCGCGCUGCGAGACCCCACCUGCGGCAACAAGCUCCUGGCGGAGGGAGAGGGCCUGUUCUACCUCAGGAAACGACCAGCAUCACCCCAGACACAGCAGCCACCGCUAACAACGCGGCCGCCGCCAACAUCGGACGCCGCUGCCAAGUCCUCUCACGGGCGACUUACGCCGUCAUCGGCAGAACGUGGAGCAGAGAGAUCGCAGCUGCCAAUGCCACCGCCGCCGCCGACACCAUCGCCGCCGACACCAUCGCCGAGUUUCGGUACCGGUAACCCGAACGCCGUCGCGAACCUCAUCGCGUUCUACCGGGGGGCGGGGGGCGGCGAUCCCACCACCACCGCCACCGCCACCGCCACCGCCACCGCUAACGCGCUUCGGCAAAGACAACGACGAUCAAGACUUUGA